AUGUCUCGGACGCAAGUCGUUUCUGUCGAGUCCCGGUACUCUCCCAUGCAAGAUGCCGCUCGCCGCCAUGAGAGCGGCGUGAGCAAGGUCAAGAAGGCGGCCCUCAGCGGAAGCGGACGCGCUUGGAGAGAGGACGAGGAGGCCUAUCUUCUGCAGACUCGGCUCCAGAAGAUGCCGUACAAGCACAUCGCCGCCCACCUCAACAAGACGGAGCUCGCCUGCCGGCUGCACUACCACCAGCUGUCGCACGGCAACAGCCGGCGCAAGCGGGCCAACUCCUUCUCGUCCCGCUCCUCGUCGCCGACGCCUGGCAUCGCGAGCCUCGCGGCGAGCCCCGUGUUGCAGAGCAAGUCUCGAUCGCACUCGCCCGCCCCGGCUUUCGGCUACUACAUGCCCAUGCCCACGAGCGACGUGCAGCUGCCCCGCAUCAUGAGCAGGGACAGCUCCCCGCGGCUGCCGGCCAUGCUCCCGAAGGCGGACCAGUCCCCCUUCUCCCGCCGGAGCGAGUCGCCCCAGCGGUUCCCUCCCCUGGAGCCGCUGCCGCCCGUGAGCUUCCGCCACGGCACGCCCCCUCCCUCGUCGCACUACCAGACGUCGUCGGCCCCCUUCGGCGCCGAGUCCUUCCGCUUCUCCCCCCCCUCCACCUCGUCGUCGAUGCACACGGCCGCCCACGUGGACCUCGCCAGGCUCGGCGGCAUCUACGAGAAGCAUCGCGUCGCCUUCUGGGCCGCCAUCGCCGACGAGUACGGCUCGCACGGCACGCCCAAGGCGCUGGAGCAGGCCUGGAAGUCGGGCAGCUGCUGCCCCAACCAUCACGGCAGCAACCCGAUGACGCCCGUGGCCAGCCCGCCGACCAAGUCCAUGUUCGGCGGCGGCUCGGCUCAGGACAAGACUCGCAUCUCGGCCAUUCUGGAUUGA